AUGAGAAAGCUCCACCGUCAUCGUUCCAUCCGGCCUCUUCCGCACCCAAAUCCCAUCAUCUCCACCACCCUUUCACCGUCGUACCCCACCAAACACGAAAUCAACGGCCACCUUGAUAAUGACGAAAACCUCAUAUCCACUAUCACUAACAUUGUUCAUGGAAACCAAAGCUGGAGUGUAUCUUUCAACAACACCAUCUCUAGCAACUUGAAACAGCAACACGUCGAAAAGGUCUUGCUCAGAACCCUAGACGAUCCAAGGUUAGCUUUACGCUUCUUCAAUUUCUUAGGCCUGCACAGGAACUUCAACCACUCAACUACGUCGUUUUGCAUCCUCAUACACGCACUCGUCCAGUCCAAUCUCUUAUGGCCUGCUUCUUCACUGAUCCAAACGCUCUUACUACGAACAUCGAGUCCGGAAAUCGUUUUUAAGUAUUACUACGAUACCUAUGUGAAUUACAAUUUUUCGAGAACUAUAGGGUUUGAUUUGUUGAUUAACGCGUAUGUUCAAGGCAGGAGAGUAUUAGAUUCUUUUUCGGUUGUGAAUUUGAUGAAAAGCAAGAAUGUAAUGCCUGAGAUUAGAACUGUAAGUGAUGUUUUCAACGGAUUGAUUCGAAUUAGGCGAUUUGAUUUGGUGUUGAAGUUCUUUGAUGAGAUGACGGAAAUUGGUAUCAGGGGCAAUGCUUACAUACAUACUGCUAUCAUUCGAUGUUUGUGUGAAUUAAAGAAUUUUGAUAGGGCAAAUGAAUUGAUACAGUGGUUAGGGUCCAACAAUCAUGAGUUAAAUAUCGUUAUGUACAAUGUGUUCAUUCAUGGGCUCUGCAAGAGCCAAAAGAUGGAAGAAGCAAUGGAGUUAAAGCAAGCAUUGCCUUUAAAGGGUUUGAAAGCUGAUGUUGUCACAUAUUGCAGUUUAAUUAUGGGUUUCUGUAGAUUACAACAAUUUAAAACUGCUAGAACUCUAAUCAGUGAAAUGGUGGACAUGGGGUUUGUCCCAAGUGAAGCUGUUGUUUCAGGUGUUGUUGAGGGGUUGAGAAGAAAUGGGGAUGCUAUUAGUGCUUAUAAUUUGAUACAAGAUUUAGACUCCAUCAAAGCAUUACCAAAUAUAUUUGUAUAUAAUGCAUUGAUCAAUUCGUUAUGCAAAGAGGGAAAUGUAGAUGAAGCCAACAUUCUUUUUAAAAACAUGGAUACCAAUGGUUUAACCCCUAAUGAUAUUACUUACUCAAUCAUCAUUGAUUCAUUUUGCAAAAGAGGCCAACUUGAAGAUGCACGUCUUUUUCUUGAUAAAAUGAAUGAUUCAGGAAUAAAAGCAUCCGUUUAUCCUUACAAUUCUCUGAUAAAUGGAUACUGUAAGUCAGGAAAACCAAGAAUUGCAGAAACUCUUCUAAAAGAGAUGGUUUUUCAAGAUGUAAAUCCAACAGUUGUGACAUAUACAUGUUUAAUAGAUGGAUAUUGCAAACAUCAAGAUGUACACAAGGCAUUGAGGCUUUACCAUGAGAUGACAGGGAAAAGAAUCUUUCCAAACACUUAUACAUUUACUUCACUAAUUUCUGGUUUUUUUAAUGCAAACAUGGGGACAGAAGCAAGUGCUUUCUUUCUUGAAAUGAUGGAAAGAAACGUGAUCCCUAAUGAGAGAACUUACAAUGUUAUGAUUGAAGGCCAUUGUCAAGAAGGAAACAUGGUAAAAGCCUUUGACUUGUUUGACCAAAUGGUGGAAAAGGGUCUGAAACCCGAUACAUAUACCUUCAGAUCUUUAAUGGCUGGACUUUGUUCGAUUAAUAAAGUUUCUGAAGCUAAAGAAUUUGUAAAUAACCUCAACAGGCAAAACCACAAACUAAAUGAAAUGUGUUAUAGUGCUCUUUUACAAGGUUUCUGCCAGGCUGGACUUUUAGAUGAUGCAAUUAGUGCUUCCAAUGAGAUGAUAGAGAAGGGAAUCGACAUGGACAUUGUUUGUUAUUCCAUGCUUAUAAAUGGAAGUGUUAAAGAAGGUGAUGAUGUAAAAUUAAUACACUUUCUAAAAGAAAUGCACGAUAAAGGAAUGAAACCAGAUAAUGUUUUAUACACAAUCUUGAUUGAUGCUUUUGGAAAAAGAAGAGAUCUUGGGAAAGCAAUAGGGUAUUGGGACAUAAUGAUUAGUGAAAAAUGCAACCCCAAUGUUGUGACAUACACUGUGAUUAUAAACUGUUUAUGUAAAUUAGGGUUUAUAGAAAAAGCCGAGGUUUUAUUCAAGGAAAUGCUUGUGAAUUCCAUCUUCCCAAAUCAUGUGACAUACGGAUGCUUUCUUGACUGUUUGACUAACGAAGGGCAUAUGGAAAAAGCAUUACACCUUCAUAAUAUUAUGUUAAAAGGGUCUCUAGCAAACACGAUAACAUACAAUAUUUUGAUUCGGGGUUUUUGCAAAUUGGGUAGAAUUCAAGAAGGUGUGAAGAUCUUGGAUGAGAUGUUUGAUAAUGGAAUCUUGCCAGAUCAUGUGAGUUAUUCGACCAUUAUUUAUGAAUAUUGUAGAAAUGGGAAUGUACAUGAAGCGAUUAAGGUAUGGGAUUUGAUGAUUGAUUCGGGUUUGAAACCAGACACAUUGGCAUAUAGUUUUAUAAUACAUGGUUGUUGUGUUGCUGGAGAGUUGACCAAAGCGGUUGACUUUCGUGAUGACAUGGUAAAAAGAGGAUUGAAGUUGAAUCAAAGUCUGGAGCUUUUGUGA